UCCACCCAAAGGUUGACUAGAAGAGAUUGCACUAGCGAGUCCGAGUCUCUGCCUGUUUUACUCUUAUGGUGCAAUAAUGAGUUUUAUCUAUCUAUCUUAAUUUAAUUAGAUUUAUAAUAAGUCAUAUUCGCAGUUCUCAAUAUUUUUAUAAUUAUUCCAUCUUUUAAAAUUAAUAACAUUAUUUUUUGAAUAAUUAUGAAACAGGCGCUCACUCGUACGUCAUUGUCAUUUUUGUUUGAUGUUGGUACUCUUUUCUUUUUUUUUUUGUACUUUACCAUACCUGUCAAAAUUAAGGUCGAAGUCGAAAUCGUAGCUUUUGUAUUUGUACCAUUUCCUUGAAAAGAACAGAACAAAAUUGUUCAAUUAUUUUGUUUUAAUUUGUUUAUUCAAUCAAUUCCAUUUUUGUUAUUAUUACCUUACCUAUACUUGGCAUUAUAAAUGUGAAUAAUUGGCAGCAACUUGAAUAUGUUUUGAUGUUACAUGUACAUCGAAUAACACCAAACAAAUAUUACUUGUAAUGAAGUUUAAACCGGUUUUCCUCUUUCCCGUAUAACAUACCCACCUGGAUUCAUUUAAUCAUGAUUGGUAAAGGGCUAGAAAAAACAAUGCCCGAUGAUGGAGAUAAGUUGAUGUCUACAGGCAACAAUUUUUGUAGAGAUUAUGUUCGUGGUUGUUGCAGUCGUGACAAUUGUAGAUUCUUACAUGAAAUCCCACCUAAAACCUGUUUAAAAGAAUUGUUUCGCUUUUGUCAUGAUUUCCAGAACAAGGGUUGCUUUAGGAACAAUUGUAAAUUCAUACACAGUACUGUGGAAGAUGAGGAAAAAUUCUAUUCAACAGGGAUCUUCCCUCGAGAAAUCCGUAACACACCUGUGUGUAAAUCGUACCUGCGAGGUUCGUGCUCUAAUCACGAGUGCCUUUUGAUGCAUCCACCAGAUAUGGUUGGAAAUGAAUCAAUACCUAUGCAUGUCGCACUACCGCCACCUAACUUCAGCAGGCCUCCACCACCUAUUAGGGAUGAUGAUUCUCCUCCAGAGGCAAAAUUAAGAAGAUAUGCUUAUGAAGACAAUUUUGACCAGCAAGUGUUGAAUGCAACAAAUUUGUGUGCUAAUUGUGAAAAUUUAGAUCAUAAGGUGAAGUUACUACAUGAUAAUAUUAGUGUGUUACUGAAGAAGGUUGCAGAUUUGACUGAAAAAAAUGUGCAAUUGACAUCAAUGAAUGAAUUUCUGCUAGAACAGACUGCAUCUGUAAGGAGUGAACCAUCAGCAUGUGUUAUUACUUCACGUCAUGGCACUUCUGCUCCAGUCUCAUUAGCCACAGUCAGUGUUACACCUGUAGUUAGCCUGGCAGGAGCUCUGCCAACAUUAGUUCCUGCUGCAGCUACCCCUAAUUUAGCUCUAGGCCCUGCAGCAUCUCGAGCGCAGCUGUUGACACCUGCCCCACAAUUACUCACAGUGAGUACUACACAGCAACUUGUUGGUAAUUCUGGUGCUCUGAUAGUUACAAGUGCUGGUGCACAACAAUUAAUGCAAGUCAGUGAUUCUGGCACAUUGAUGGGCGGAGGACAGACAGUUGUGGCAGUGCCAGCUCAGUUGACAUUAGCUCCACCAGCCCAACAGUUAAUGAGCAAUGCUUCUCAGACUGCAGUACAGCAGCUGGUUCAACAGUCUGCAUUGCAGCCUCAGGUGGUGUCACAACACCAGGCUACUCAAUAUGCAGCUCAACAGUCUGUGCAACAUUUGGCAGCAGCCCAGCAGUCCGCACAGCACUUGGCAGCGCACCAAUCAGCUCAACGUUUAGUAGCCCAGCAGUCUGCACAGCACUUGGCUGCACAACAGUCGGCACAACUGGCAGCCCAGCAAUCUGCGCAACAACACUUGGCUGCACAGCAGUCAGCACAGCAAAUGGUAGCCCAACAAUCGGCUCAGCAGCUUGCAGCUCAGCAAUCUGCCCAGCAGCAACUAGUUCCCUCAGCCCAGCACCUGGUGCAUCAGACCUCUACCCAGCAGAUUACCAUCUCAAGCACUAGUCAACCAAUGGCACUGCCUAAUUCACAAGCUCAGCCAAUAACAUUUCCGAUAAUUUCACAAAGCAUUCUCCCACAUUAAUAUUAUAAGAAUGCCAGUCUGGCUAACUACCAAAUUGAACAUGAAUGAACAUAAUUUUUGUAAUAUGUACACUCAUGGUAACCCUAGAUUGGGGGCUGAUUGCCAUUCACACAGGGAAAAGUGUACAGAUUGAGCUAGCCCCAAGAUAAGUUUGAAGUUGAAGGGGUACUCCAAACAAAUUAAGGAUCAUACUUCAAUAGUUACCUAAAUUUACUGAUUUGAUUCAAAUCUAUACACAAACUUCAAAAGGUAUUGUUUAUUGUUGCAUAGUAAAUUUUUGCAUGUAAUAAGACUAGCUGCUGAAAUAGAUAUACUAUAGUACCUAUAAAAUUGUUAAGGCUUGUCAAUGGCAUGUCUAUCGACUUAAUUAUAAAUAAUUAAGAAAUAGUGAGGUACUAGAUGAAUGACAGUAUUUUUGUUUUUUUAAGUAUAGGUAGGUUCGUAAUUGUAAAAUGUUAUAUUAAGAAAUGGUCUCAUUAUCUCUUCUUCCUGUAACUACUUCACAAGUUUCAGAAUUUUAUUGUAAGUGAAUGGACUAUUGUAUAUUGAUUUUAGUGUAAUACAAUCAGUUGAAAUGUUUGUUUUUAGCUACGAUGUUAUUUUUGCCAAUGCAAUGUGACUUUCAUCUCAUCAAGUGAUAUUGAUAUACCUUAUUAUACAUAUUACCUAUUGAUUAACAGGAACCGUAAUUUAUUUUUAAUAUUAAAAGCAAAAUUCAGAAGAUUAAGGUAUUUUAUUUUACAAUAAAUAUUAUCUAUAAAUUAUUCUGCAAUAGUGUUUGAUCCGCAUUAUUCUCAUUGUUUGUAUAACAGUAAUUCUUUUUGUACUUAAUAAGCUUACCAUGGACUCCCAAUAUAAAAUCACCCGUUUUAUCAAAGGCGAUCGCCGUAACCUUCCCAGGAGUAUUCGUUACUAACUUUAGUAUUACAUCAUUUAUGUGGAUGUAAGUUAAAUUUUCGCUUGCAAUGAAUACUUUGUCCUCGUGAAAAGAUAUCUGAGCUAUACCGUUGUAGGAAAUAUUCCCCAUACAAUUGGGUUCUUUUGUAUCAGCUUUAAGAAUACACAAUUUGUCAUUUUUUAUGAAAUAUAAAUUAUUUUUGUCGUCGAUAGUCAUUCCAUUCAAAGCAUCCAGAUUCUUGUAAUGAACUUUUUUCUCUCCAUCAAGGCGAUAUAGCUCGUCGACGCCGUUGUUACUCUCUGUAAUGUACCUUUUACCAUCUUUGUCCACAAAAAUCAUACUCAGUUUGAAAUAAACGGUCGAAAGAGGACUAGCAGUGUGGCUUUCAUAAUCAUAUGUAUAAAUUCCUUUGGCUGUGCCAAAGAAAACCUUCGUGUUUUUCUUAUCUACGGCGAUAGAAUAGCUAAGACUUUCUGGCAAACCU